AAAACAUCCGCAAAAUUUUAUUAAAUAAAAUGGAAGAGUUUAAAUGGUGUAAUAUCGGCUCAGCUUUGAUGUUGUUUGGAUUAUUUGAUUUGGUUUAAAAGAACAAAACCUAGAAUUUGGCAAAAGGGAUUUUCAGCGAAGUGGUCAACUUUGUCAACAGUCGAUUAAAGCUUCUUCACUCACUAUGGCUGCAUUAGUUGCAACUCGUAAUGUGUGUUUUGCAAAGCAAUCUGCCACAGCGGUAAUGAGCUAUCCGCGAACAAAUAAUUAUUCCUUUGAAGCGCCACGCCCCCUCAAAGCCAAGAAUUUAGAUGCUAUGAAACGUGGCACUGGCGGUCGAAGUAGUUUUAAUGGCAUUGUAGCAACUGUUUUUGGAUGUAGCGGAUUUUUGGGUCGUUACGUAUGCAACAAAUUAGGAAAGUCGGGUACUCAAAUGGUCCUACCCUAUCGUGGUGACGAGUCUGAUGUAAUGCGUUUGAAGGUAUGUGGUGAUUUAGGCCAAGUAUUGUUUCAUUUUUAUGAUUUGCGCGACGAAAAAGCCAUACGCACGGCUUGCAAGUAUUCCGAUGUGGUUAUCAAUCUGGUAGGUCGCGAAUACGAAACGAAAAAUUUCAAAUUCAAAGAUGUGCAUGUGGAUGGAGCAAGACGGAUAGCACGAAUUUGCCGCGAAAUGGGCGUUGAACGCUUAGUACAUGUUUCCGCCUUAAAUGUUCAUCCGGAACCCAAAGCCCACAUUAUAUCAGGAGGUAGCAAAUUUUUACGCAGCAAGUGCUUAGGUGAACAGGCAGUCUUUGAAGAAUUCCCAAAAGCUACCAUUAUACGUCCGGCAGACAUAUUUGGUUCUGAAGAUAGAUUUCUGCGCUAUUACGCUCAUGUAUGGCGUCGUCAGCUUCGAGCAACGCCAUUGUGGUUUAGCGGUGAACGAACUGUGAAACAACCGGUUUACGUCUCAGAUGUAGCUCAAGGGAUAGUCAACUCUGUUAAAGACCCUGAUUCAGCUGGAAAAAUCUACCAGGCUGUAGGGCCUAAACGCUAUAAAUUAUCAGAGUUGGUCGAUUGGUUCAACCGAGUUAUGCGUAAGGACGAGAAGCGGUGGGGUUACUUGCGUUACGAUAUGCGUUUUGACCCUACAUUCAUUUUUAAAACCAAUUUAACAGAGUGGAUUAGCACUAAUCAACCCAUAGGUAAUUUACAUAUGGAACGGCUAGAACUUGAAUGUGUCACCGAUAGAGUUCUAGAAAAAGUGCCAACCUUGGAAGAUUUGGGCGUUCAGCUUACUGAUAUGGAAGUUCAAGUUCCUUGGGAAUUACGACCUUAUCGUGCCAAUUUGUACUAUGAUGCCGCUCUCAGCGAAUUAGAAACGCCAGCACCACCAAAAACGAUUGCUCCUCGUGAUGAACAGCGCUUAUAUACAUAAAUUUCUUUGAGCGGCCACCAAAAUGCUGCCAAUGCGAACUGGCAUAAACAAAAGGAGAAAUUUAAAUUUGCUAAAAAUGAUUGGAAGCCAGCCCGGUGUUUGAAAGGUAGACGUUUGCAUGUAUGUGAAUUAUUACUUAUUGUCUUGGCGGUGCGUUGUUUAUGAUAUAAGAUAUUUAGUAGUGAGUAAUUGGAAAUAAUUAAUGGACUGAAUGGAGAUAAAUAAAUAAGGAUAAAUAAAUAAAUAAAUAAAUAAACAAAAUUCAAGUCAAAUACACAGGAACUGCGAUAGCUUUUCAGAUAUCGGGCUUGAAAUGUAACACUCUACUAGACUAUGCAAAUGUAUGGAUUUUUAUAUAAACAGAAAAUUAAGAAAAGAAAAAGACAGGAGGAAAUAAAAAAUAUAGUUUCAAAUUUAAAAGUUCUUUGUAGCGAAUUUACCCAGUUUUGUAUUAUACAUGUUAUUUUGUUUUUCAUUUCUCACAAAAUAAUGCAUGAUAUAAACCAAAAUUGCAAACC